UAACUUUCAUAUAAAUAUAUAAUUAUGAAAAUAAUACUGUAUAUGCAACUCAGAGACAAAAGGCAUUUAAUAACACUGUGAAAGCCAAUGCAAAGCAUCCAAAUGGCACCUCUUUAAAUAGUGGAUCAGAUGUGAAGGUGGGCCUGUGUUCACUUCCCCUCCAGAUGAAAAAGUGUUGUGUGCAGGUCCCAUCUGAGGCUCAGAAAAUGCCUUGGAGACUGUGGCAGAGAAUGAGAGACUCUGAGAAACCGCUGAAUGACAACAAAUGUCCGACGAGACCUUUGCAGGCAAACAGUGGUCACUGUGGGAUUGUAGUGUACACACACAGAGCCAGGAAGAGCUGAGCUGGAAGUGUCAAGAAACAAGUCCAGGCUGCAGCUCUCUGCAGCUGGACAUCUGUCAUUUACCUACUCUUGCAUAUGUGUGUCUGUUUUUCUGCAUGACAGUUUAAUUUAACAUUCAUGUAUUUUGGGUUUUUUUUUUGCUUCAGUUUAGAGGAAAGCAAAAUCAGAGAUCCAGGAGUUUUCUUCUUUCAGCUCUUUAUCCCUUUCGGUCUCAGUCUGUUUAUAUAAUGUUUGUUGUUUUGUUCAUAUAUAUAAUAUCUUGACUAUUAAUACUUUGAAUCUGGGUUUACAUUGAUUACAGAUUUGCUUUCCAAUGCGCAUCACAAAAAUUUGUAUUUUAUUAACUUUCUAAAGAAAUAAAGAAUAUGCUUCAUCUGAACACAGUUUAAACUAAACAUUUGAACAUUAAUCCAGGACCUGCUGAUUGAUACAGGUGUGAAUUCUCUUGCAAAUAUGCAAAUGCCCAAAAACCAACUGAUGCACAAUGAACCUGGGACUUUAGAUGGCUGAUCCAUUGAUCCUCAAUGGUGGAAUGUAACAAGUAUGUUUAUACGUUCACAGAGGGCAUCACCAACCAGCUGAUCGGCUGCUACGUGGGCUCUCUCCAGGAGCCUGGUUGUGUCCUGGUGCGGCUGUACGGCAGAAUGACGGAGCUCUACGUGAACCGGGACCGGGAGGUGGAGAUGUUCCAGGUCUUCCACGCCCACGGCUGCGGCCCACAGAUCUACUGCAGCUUCCAGAAUGGCAUCUGCUACGAGUUUGUUAGAGGAACGGUGCUGGAUGACGAUCUGCUCCAGCAGCCCUCCAUCUACAGAUUGAUCGCAGCAGAGAUGGGGAGAAUCCACUCGAUCCAGCCAAAAUGUGGUCUGUCUGCUGAACCUCUGCUCUGGACAAAAAUGUCCCACUUUCUCACACUGGUGCAGAGCAGCAUCAACAGCAGCCCGUCCGAGCAGCGCUGCACAAAGAGUUCUGCGGCUCUGCUAGAGGUGCCCAGCUUUGAGACUCUGUCAGCGGAAAUGGAGUCACUGAAGAGACACCUCUCGCAGACUGACUCGCCGACUGUCCUCUGCCACAACGACCUCCUGACGAAAAACAUAAUAUACAACCAGAAAGAGGGAAUGGUGAAAUUCAUUGACUACGAAUACGCCGAUUACAACUACCAGGCCUUCGAUAUUGGAAAUCACUUCAAUGAAUUUGCCGGUGUGAAUGAUGUUAACUACAGCCUGUAUCCGAGUCGGGAGCUGCAGAGGGACUGGCUGACGGCCUAUCUGGAGAGUUACAAGCACAGCGCAGGACGUGAGGUCACGGUUACAGAGGCAGAAGUUACGCAGCUCUACAUUCAAGUCUGCAAAUUCUCACUGGCGUCCAACUUCUUCUGGGGUCUCUGGGCCAUCCUGCAGUCUCGCUUUUCAUCCAUCGACUUUGACUUCCAAAGAUACGCCACAGCACGACUCAACUUCUACUUUGAGAAGAAAGAGGAAUAUUUUGGCCUGACAAUGAACUAGAGCCAGAGGACAAAGGACCAACGUGUUUUAAAUGAGAGGUAUCCUCAUCUGCUCCGUGUAUCCAAGAAGAGUUCUGACUGAUGUGACCGUGUCCUUCCUUGUUGCACUGAACAAUAUCGUCUGUGGAUGGAAGGCACAGAAUAAGCUUAUAAAAGUGCUCCCCAUUGUUUGUUAUUUCAGGCUGAAGUGUGAGUUAAUAUGUUUUGCUAUCACUGUGAUUUCUAAAAUAUUUGUUUUACCACAGUCA